UGCUUCAAAAGAGACCUCACAAAGAAGGGAUUUUAGGAUGCUUUUGUACUCUGUUGUUGUGGUGCUCGCAUACAUUUUCAUUUAUUUGCUAUUUUAGGUAAAGAAGUAAACAAUAAGAUGAGACAUUCUAUGGGCAAUAGAGACACGAAUAACGGAAAAGAGAUUGAUCCAAUAUGGUUUCGCGAGAGCAAAGACAUCAUUCAUUAUCUGGAGGCAGCAAGAGACAAAAUUUACCGAAUGAAGAAAAGUACUUUGUCCAAACUUGGUAGGGCUGCUGCAAAGGCUCAAAAGGCAAUUGAGGGACUUAAACACGUGGUUAGAGAGCACAUCAACGCAAAGCAAGUAUCUACGAGGCAGCUCCGUAGUGCAUCCAAAGAAAUCAAUCUUGUGCGAUUCGUCUUUGACUUCAGAGCGUUUGAAGUGCCAGGGGAACACGAAGAGGACAAAACACACAGAGAACCAAAAAAUGAGAAAAAGCAGGAAGAAAAUUCAUUAAGCAUUCCACCUUUUUCCAUCACACAAGCCUCAAUGACAGCAAUGGAAAAAGACAAAGGAAGUCCUUAUCCCAAUGACGCCAAACCUGUAAACGAAAUGGUUUCUGAGAAUAGCAAGGUGCAAAACAAAAGAUUCUCGCUGGGCAAAGCAAAAGAAAGAGUAACGUCGGUGCCAGCGUACCGUCCGAUGCCAUUACCACUUUUGGUUUUAGAGAACCUUGAAGUAGUAAGACCAAUCGUUCCGAGAAAGAAUGAAUGCAGUACAAGGUCAACGCCAAGUGUAAGAAAAGAGAAAUUCAAGAGUGAAAUAUACGAGAUAAAAACAAACAGAGAGAAUAAUGGUACGGUAGGGAGUAUGUCUGUUGGAUGUGCCAUUUGCUCAAUCCGGCUAGAGGCAAAUGAAGAUGCUUAUUCAAAUCUAAACCAGCAAAAACUGAUUUUGGAAGCCUGCCCAAGUGACGUUAGACAAGAUCCUCUAGCUCCAUUUAAGCCCAAAGCACAAGUGUGCCCGCUAUAUGGCUCAAUGGAUGGAGAGAGAUGUGCAUCUCUCAACAUUACAACCAAAGAACCACCCAGAACGCAACAAUUGAAGUUUCCACUUGUUGUACGAACAACAACAAACACUCAAGGCAAUGAAAGUUGUUUGGCUGUCGAUGUUUCCCCUCGUUAUCUAGCACCGAAGGAAGAGGAAAACAUAUCCAGUGAUGUUUGUCAAGCAAGAAUCUCAAACAUUUCAAACGAAGUGGCAUUUCUUCCAGCUAGUAGAGGAUUUUUAUUGCAGGUGGGACCACUAGCAAUCAGCACAACAAAUAUCGAAGUUGAAGGAUUAGAACCUGUCCAAAUUUCAACUGAAACGGAGAUGGGGACAAAUGUCUCUGUGAACAAUGACAAAUGUUUUUACGAAGAUGUUCAAGAAAAUGCACGGAAAGAAGAGGCGGAAGAAAGGAAGAUCACUGUUGACUCAUUCAGUUCAAACAUCUCAACGACAGCCGAGAAUAUAAACAAUGCUGAGAUUCCAGUCACAAAGACGUCCCAGAAACCUUCUGCUCAUACUGUUUCAUCAGAUUUGCGACGCAAUGAAAAGGCAUCUCAUGUGGUUUCGACAAAUGCAAUAAAACUUGAGGCACACGAUGAUGAUUAUUGUGUCGCCGGCUCAUCGAAUUUCUCUAUAAUUACUAACAAAGGUGACUAUGUCGAUAAGACGGCUGACCCGAUGGUGACAUUUGAAAACACAAAGGUUCCUGGUACAACUGUAUCCAAACGAUCCGAAAAAAAUGACAAAUAUAGAACUAUUACGAUGAAAGAUGAUAUUUCUAACGUCAUCAUACCAAAGCAAUUGAAGCUAGUUGCAGAACAUACGUCUUUUGCCAGUAACGAUAGAAAGAACAAAAUGGAAGAUGGAAAAACAGUGCUGAGCGUAAUACGGGCGGAUGAAGUGCUCAAAGCUUUGCAAGCAGUUUCAAGAGGAGAAAAGGUUCAUCCAUUUUGGAAAGAAAUGAUCGUCAAGACAUACAAACUUUUGGCUGCUGAAAAUGAGAAGCAAAGAGGAAAACGUCCUUAUGCUGCUCCUGGUCCAAAGGGUAGCCAGGCUAAAAUGGAGCACACGGUUGAUUUUCAAAAGAAGAAAAUUAUUAAAGAGAGACAGAAAGCUGGAGAAGAGAUCAUCGAUAGAAGCAUGUCGAAGGAUUUGCCAGAAGAAUGACUGCAAACAAACCGAGAAAGCCCUGAGACAAAGCAAAAGACAAGCGCAAAGUUUCUUUAAACUGAUUACUGAUAAUGUG